UGGAAAUACAACUCAACGUGGACCUUCUCAGAGUGGACUUUGGAGAUGAUAUAGGACACGUCUGCCUGCUGUGAAUCGAGAGUUAUUCUGGAAAUUUCGUUUUUGCUUGAGAUUGACGACUGUAGAAUCAAUGUGGUGGCUCGAAACUCACCUAAACGUUGACACGUCUUGGGAGUGAUGCACUGGCUUCCCCUGGUUGCCAUGGUGAUCGCCUCGGCCCUGCCUUUCCCUCAAAGUCCUGUUCCCAGGCUUGUUGCCGCGACGAAAGAGCCUGGCAGAAACGACAGCAACACCAGCAGCAUCCCGACAGCUGAGAUCAGCAUGCCAACCAACUCAUCAGUAGACAAUGACUCCCAUGAUGCUGUUUCUCACAACAACUACAGCACACAUGACGGAGCUCCUCACAGAACAGUCGACAAGCAGAGCGCAUUUACACAAGACGAGGACAAUAAAUCCAAGGGUAGAGCAAACUCAGAGAAUCUUUUAAAAGAACACAUUUUUUUCAAUAACACAAAACAGGACUACACAGGUGGAGGUAGGACUAGCGGAGCAGAUGCCUUCAGGUCGCGCGAUCAUAGGGAAUACAAAUCACAAAAAAGUCUGGCCAAAAAGGCCAGUUCCUCAAGCAACAACAUUCUCAAGGACUAUCAGCUUGAACGUAGCCAGUUUCAUGAAGAAAGCAGUACUGAGGCAGGUCAUCUUAAAGAUGACAGAAACGCAAUUAGUAAACUGAAAGAUGGGCCUCUUGAAGGUCCUAAAGUUGCUCCAGAGAGCUCUCCAGUGCAGGAAACUCUGGAUGAAGCUCAAACGGAUGGGAGCCCCAUUGGAAAAGAGUUGGCAGAGCCAAAUGGAGGGUUUGGAACAGAACCUGGCUUUGGGAUCGACAAUGUACGCCUACGAGAAGAAGAUCAGCUGCUUUUGCUGGACGCUCAUCCCCGGGUACUCUUCUCCCCAGCUCUUUCCCCACCCAAACACCCACCUCUGCUCCUAAUGCUGGAGUUGGGUUUGCUGGCUGAUGAUUUUGAGGAUGAGGAAAGCCACACGGUGGAUGUUACCACACCCGGUCACGGAGGCGACAAAGAGACAUACAGGAACUUACUAUUGGGUCUCUCUGAUUCUGACGGCCACUUUCCAAGCGUUCGCCGCAAGCGUCAGGUCGGCCACACCACGCAAGGUCGUGAGCGCUCUGUAUGUGAGGCUGAAAGCGGGUGGGUGACCGACAAGAAGACCGCGGUGGACCACCGGAGCAAAACCGUCACUAUUCUGCAAGAGAUCCAGACCCAGACUGGGCCGCUGAAGCAGUACUUCUUCGAAACGAAGUGCCGUAAACCACUUCGGCAAGGGAACAGUGAAGGGCAGGGGGUGGAGGGGGCGGGCUGCUUGGGGGUGGAUAAGAAACAUUGGAUGAGCAGGUGCGAAACCAAACAGUCAUACGUACGCGCGCUCACCUCUGACGACAACAUGAGGAUAGGCUGGAGGUGGAUCCGUAUUGACUCCUCUUGCGUUUGUGUUCUGCUCACUAGAGGAACGUACAACACUGAGAGGAAGUUCGACAGGGCAAGAGAGCGAGAGGGCAGAAGGUACAGAUAGUUCAACAAAGGACUGACACAGAGUUGAAAGAUCAUGUUAAUGAAAGGGACUGUUCUGGUCCACUGUGUGGGGAUAUUUCUUUUCCAGAUGUUUCUGCAUCUCACUCGACAAAACCUUAUUACUGUACCCCACUGUCUCGCUGAGGGAUAGUUAUGAAAAUGAAAACAUAUUUGCCCUCAUGUUGCUCAAAAACCAUAUGAUGUAUUUUUGUUCAUGGAACAUAAAAUGAUACAAGUGGCACCAAAAAGUUUUUGGACACUUUAAGUGGCAUUUGCAAACAAAUGAUGGUAGAGCUUUUCUCAGAACUAACUUCACUUUUCUGAGGCACUUUUUCCAGUUUUUAACCAACUGCUCUUGAGGUGGAAGUCAAUUCCCAUCAAAUUCACACAGUCAUUAUAUCAACGCUUGAACAAAGUUUGACCACGUUAAAGUGUUCAAGACUUUUGUCUUCAUUUUGAACAAUAUAUGUAUUGAUUCAUAUUUAAAGACAUAACAAAAGUUUGCUUGUGCUUUUUCAUUUAUACAUUUUAAUUGAGGCUUAAGUGUCCAAAUAGUUUUUGGGGUCACUUUACAUUUAGCAUAUUUCAUCAACAAAACCUGGCUGUCAAGCUCCAAGACAGCACUAUAAAAGUUGUCAAUACAACUUGAGGACUAAAUCAAAAUCCCUUUUAAGGAAACUCAGUUCACUUAUCAUCCAUAUUUGCAACACCUCUAGGCAGCUAUUUUGGUCAUGCAAGACCAAAUCUACUUAUAUGGGGGAAAUACCAAAAAUCUCAAAAACCAAACUCACAAUUAAAUUGCAUAUUUCAAAUCAACACGAACUGAAACAUGAAAUUUGACAUUAACUGUCAUAUGUUGUUUUAUUAACAAAGUUUGGGAGGAGCACGUUCAGAUAAUGUACCCAAUCAGUGCAACAGGAGGCUUAUAUAUAGAGCUGACUUACCUCUAUUCCAUGACAGUUUUUUCAGCAUCCUUCCUCCAACUCCUCGCUUGCGAUUAUACCUAUCCCAGCCUGGGAUGGGGGGGGGGGGGGGGGGGGGGGGG